AUGAGCACCAGUCGAUUGAAGGAGAUGUUCCUUCACGUUAAAAAUAAAAUUCGAAGAACGUCUACACUGAAUCAUCAUCAACUCUCACAUAAGAGAUCAACAAGGCUAGACGUGCCGAAAGGCCAUUUUGCAAUUUAUGUCGGGGAGGAAGAGAAGGAAAGGAAGCGAUUUGUGAUCCCAGUUUCUUACUUGAAGCAUCCAUUGUUUCAAAUCUUGUUAAGUCAAGCUGAAGAAGAGUUUGGUUUUGAUCAUCAAAUGGGUGGUCUUACCAUUCCAUGCGCCGAAGAUGAGUUCACUGUUCUCACUUCGCACUUGAAUGGUUGA